AUGGUUGCCAACUUCCCCGUCCAUCCCGCCAGCCUUCUCGACCCUACCCUCCACUCUCCUGCUCUCCUGCAGAUGCUCGGCAUGGACAUCUCCAGAGACCUCAUCGAGUAUCUCGUAGACACAGUAGUCGAAACUGUCGACUACGCCCUCGGCCGAGCCUCUUCAUCCCGCGGACGCUCGCUCUCCCGCCACACGGAGCACACCAAGUUCACCCGCUUUGUCACGGACGUCAUCGCAAAGGCGGAGGUCCCCGUCCCCGUGCUGCUAACCACCCUCGUCUACGUCCACCGCGCGAAACCACACAUCCAGAUCGCGCUCGAGCAGUGGGCCUGCGAGCGCGUCUUCCUCGGCGCGCUCAUCGUCGCCAACAAGUAUCUGAACGACUCCACGCUGAAGAACGUGCACUGGGCGCUCUGCACGGGCGUCUUCGGCAAGCGCGACAUCGGGCGGAUCGAGCGCGAGUUUCUGGACGUCCUUGACUUCGAGCUCGGCGUCUCCGAGGCCGAUCUCCUCGCCCACCAUUCCGCCCUCGUCGGCGCGCACCCUCACCACCAUCACCACCACCACCAUAUCCGAGUCCGGGAGCCGUCUCGCUCGAGGUGGAGCGACAACAGCUCCGAGACGGACGUCGACAUGGACUCGGAAUCCAGCUUCGAGACGUCCUCGGGCCCGCGGACGCCCGCACACGCGCACGUCGCGGUCUACCCCGUCAAGGCGUCGCUGUCACACUCGCCCUCGCCCUCGCAUCCACAGCGCGACGCGGUGCAGAUACACCCGCAAGUGUCGACCGCGCUGAGCCUCUUCCACGGGCUUCCCGUUCCGAGCUUCUCAUUACCACGGGCAAAGUCGAUGUUCUCGCAUUCGACGGCGGUGUCGAGACCUGGGCCAGCGGCGACAGGCUGCCGGCCACAUCAGUCGUUCGGGACUCGGCCAAUAACAACGCAGGUGAUGGCGUAG